AUGUUGGGUGCGCCUGAGGAUGGGUCUAUUAUCCCUAGUUUUGGCGGUCACGUGGCACGGUAUAUCUGGAUGGAGCAGGAGCGUAGUGUUUUGCGCUGUUUAAGUAGGAUAAAGUUAUGUUCUGACUUGUUCACUUGGCGAGGUCGUCAAUCUGUGGAGGACCUCGCGCCGAUUGAUGCUAGUUGGUUGUCUCACUUGCCCGGCCUGAUGUUUAAAAGACUUGAUUGGCCGUUGAUUUCUGUUUUUGUUGAGAGGUGGCAGCCAGAUACGAACACCUUUCACAUGCCAUUUGGGGAGAUUACGAUCUUGUUGCACGACGUAUACAACAUCCUUGGGUUACGGGUUGCAGGCAAUAUGGUCACCACUACUCCUAGCACGGACGUGUUACGGGACGCGUGCUCGAUCACCAUGGAUAUGACUCCAGAUGAUCUGUCUGAAAUUUGCGGCACAAAGACCAUUUUGCAGGGUAGUGGGGUAUUGACUAAUAAGAUUUUUGAGUCGACAUUGGCGGUUGACCGGGAGUUUAGUGACCAGCUUGAUGGAUACUUGUGGUUAGUGCUUGGAGGUACACUGUUUGUAGAAAAGAGUGGUAACCGUACGCAUCCUUUCUUCCUCCACGAGCUAUGUUACAUGGAUGUCCCUAUUAACGAGUAUGCUUGGGGAACAGCUGCACUGGCCUACUUGUAUCGGCAACUGGGCACGGCAUCACGGAAAGGUGCUGAUUCGAUUGCUGGUUGUCUCACGCUUCUGCAAGUGUGGAUUUACGAGUACUUUCCGUGCUUUCGGCCACAGCAGGGUACCUUGACCCGGGACCUUCAAAUGCCUCGUGUGUCUGCUUGGGAUGUUGGAGCGGGAUGUCCUAGCAAGAACCUGGAGCGCCUGUUAGCUUUUCGUACUAUAAUUGAUGCGCUUACUGACCGUGAGUGGAUGGGUCGGUCCAUGGAGAUUCACCAAAGAGCACUAGCUGAGUAUCCUGAAAUGUCGAGUGAGACUCGAACAAUGACUGUUCUGGGUCACCACCACGUUGAGUGUGUUGACAGUUCACAUACUCGAAAUAGCUACGAUCACGCCUGGUGUAAUUUUUCUUCGGUCGACCACGAGUGUUGA